AUGUCGGGUACGUACACGCCUCCCCAAGCCACUAACGGCGCAGUCACCGGUGGCAAUCUCAAGCAGCCUCUCACUGCUGACGAGAAGAAGUUCUACAGCCAAAUCUUCAAAACGCUCGAUCUCAAGCACACAGGCCUGCUUUCCGGGCUGUCUGUGAAGCCCCUUUUGGAGGCGUCCAACCUGGCUCCGCCCGUGCUGGGAGAAAUAUGGAAUAUCGCAGACCCGGACAACAAAGGGUCGCUGGACCAGUUUGGGUUCUGUGUGGCAAUGAGACUGAUCGGACACAUCCAAAGUGGCGCUGUGCUCAGUCCAGAGCUUGCGCAAAACGUGCCUCCUCAGCUGCCCAAGUUCAGUACCAUCUCUUUCAACGCGACGGGCGGAAGCCUGCCCGUGAACACCACCGGGUCGCGGAUCUCGUCGGCCUCGUCCGUGGACUCGCAGCACGUCGUUGUUCCUGUGCUGACGCCCCACCAGGCGGCCAAUUUUGGCGCCAUGUUCGACAAAGCGGCUCCCGGCGGUGUUCUGCCUGGAGUGCAGGCCAGAGACAUCUUUCUCAAGGCCAGACUGCCUACGCAGACUCUGGAGAAAAUAUGGAACCUGGUGGACCAGAAGCAGACCGGCCAGCUUGGCAGACCGCAGUUCAUUGUGGCUAUGCACCUAAUCCAGAGCUUUCUCAACAAGUCCAUGACCAUUCUUCCUGCUGUCAUUCCAGAGCCAAUCUGGGCCGUGGCCUCGAACCCGUCCCAACCGCAGUCGCCGCUGUUGCAGCAGGCUUCUGGCGGCUCCAUUGGCUCGGGCUCUGCCAAUCACAACACCUGGACCAUGUCUCCGCAGCAGAAGCAGCAGUAUGGCGCCGUCUUCGACAAUCUGGACAAAUCCAAGCAGGGUAAGAUAACCGGCGACGAGGUGGCCAAAUUCCUCAUGACCUCGAAGCUGCCAAACGACACGCUGGCUACGAUCUGGGAACUGGCCAACUUGGACGGCUCCGAUUCGUUCAACAAGCAGGAGUUCUCCAUUGCCAUGUACCUGGUGCAGAAGAAAUUGGCCGGUGCCGAGCUCCCUGAGGAGACCCCGGCCUCGCUGAUCCAAACCAGCAAGUCCACAGACAGUCCGCAGGCGCCACCGCCGUUGCCGGCUUCUCCGUCUACUCCGCAGCAGGCCGCCAGCCCUUCCAAGUCGCACAUGGACGACCUGUUGGACGUCUUUGUGCAGCCUGCACGUGCGGCCUCGAAGCCGGCUGUGCCUCCGGUCCCUGCCUCCAGAGCGGCCCAUGUCGAGUCGAACACCACGGGCCACGGCGGGUUUGUUCCGACGUCGAACUUUGGCCGCCAGCUGCAAAGCCAGCAAACCGCCGCGGACGAGUCGUCCGACGACGACGAAGGCCCAGAGGACCUCGACCACCGGCCAUCCAGACCGGCUCCGCCAGCGAUCCCGGGCCGUGCUCAAAAGCCUCGUUUCGACGAGACAGACUCCCAGCCAACUUCUCUCCCAAGACAGCCUACUGCUAACUACGACGCCCUGAAAAGCGUGGCCAGCCCUGUUACCGAGUCGAAGGACGUUUCUCCAGCGCCUUCCCCGGCACAGUUCACACAGCAGCCGGCCAGCGUGGAGUUCACCAACCAGCCGCAACCACCGGCACACACCUCGUCUACCGACAGAGACGUGUCGAACCAGCUUUCGCAGGCGUCUGUGGACAUUGCGAAUUUCUCCAACCAGAUCAACUCUCUGACGAUACAAACCACAAACGUGAACACCAAGAGAGACAAGGCACAGAAAGAACUCGCGAGAAUCAUGAAGGUGAAGGAGGGCAUAGAGUCCAAGCUGUCGCAGCUGAAGACGCUCUACGAGCGCGAGGUGCAGCAGGUGCAAGAAGUGGAGGAGGUGUUGAUCAAGUCGCGCAACGAGUCGGACUCUUUGAAGCAGGAACUGGCUCUUGCCGAGGCCAAUUACCACUCGGAACAGUCCAAGCUCCAGAAGCUGCAGCUGGAGGUUGAGGAGACCCAGAAGGGUAAUCAGACGAUGAAAGAGCGGCUCGGCGUGCUGAAUGCUGAGUCGAUCGACCUGAACCAGCAGAUCGAGUCGCUGUCACAGAAGCUGACGCAGUCACAGAAGAUGCUUGCGGUGACGCAACAGCAGGUGGCCUCGCAGGAAGAAGAAAACAACCAGCUGAGGUCAAAAAUUGACUCUGUGAUGAAGUCGAUCAGCGAGAUCGAGCUGAGACACUCGCAGCUGCUCACGAGAUCCACAGAGCUGGAAGAUGAGAACUACGACCUUCACGAGAAGCACGGCGACUACAGCGCCCAGUUUGUAGAGAAAAACCUCAGCUUCAGCACUGCUCUUGCUUCCGGGGCCGGUUACCUUGCUGCCCAGCACGAGAAGUCUGACGAAGAGCAAGACGACGAGGAGUCUGAGGAGCAGGAGGUGCCAACGUCGACGCUGCAGAAUUUCGACGAGACCGAAUUUUCUGUGCCAAGCACGCAGGACUUGAGAAGAGAGACCACCGAGUCUGUCUCGAACACGACCGGUUUCGACUCGUCGACUAAGUCCCGUUCGGAGCCAGCCACCUCGCAGACCUCGGAGCUGGACGACGGGUCGCAGACCCAGCAGCAGUUCUCGCUUCCAUUCGGCAUUCCUCAUUCAGAAACGUCGUCCAUCCAGAACAAUCCGUCGCAAUCUGUUAGGGGCGACUUUGACCUGCCGGACUCGCCCACGUCCACCAUCGAAGAGGAGUCCGCUCCACCUGUGCUGAGCUCGCAGAUACUGCCGGAAGGAACAGAGGACGUUCCGGAGCCAAUCUCGUCCAACGAGAACGGCGAGUCGUUCGAGAUGGUCAACCACGACGACGCCAAGGACUCCUCUCCUCAGGAGCCUGCCCCUCACUACACGAUGCCGGGAAGUUUGCCGGGCGAGUUUGCACAGAUCGCAGAGAAAGAGCCAGAAUCAAACACCACUACAGAAACCUCAGACACCACAAAGAACGAGGCAGAAGACGAAGACGAAGACGAGGAUGAUCUUUAUUCACCAGCUACUAAGCCGGCUGAGCUUGCAACAGAGGCGGCCUCCGGGGAGCCACAUGUUCCUCAAGAGAGCCCAGAUCCCGACAAACCUAAGCCAGAGGAGAGCAGCGACGACGAAGAGUUCCACGACAGUAUUUCGAGCCCUGUGAAGCUGCAAAAGAGCCAGGCCGAGCCCCAAUCCGGCGACAAGUCGUUCAACCCAUUCACAGCACAGAAGAGCGACAACAUGUUCGACGACCUGGGACUCGAGGAGGCACGUCCGGAGGACUCUUUUGACGCUCCGCAGUUCGAUGAGUUCAACAACUUUGACGCGGGCACCCACGGGUUCUCGUUUUCGGCCCCAGCGGCCCAGGACGCCGCUGGAGCAGGCGCUGGAGCAGGCGCAGCCAACGACGACUGGGAGCAGGUGUUUGCUGGGUUUGGAAACGAUCCAAAUCUGCAGCCCGCCACAGAACAUUUCGAAAGCCUGCCGCCAUACGAGUUUAGCGAAGCCUUCACGGAACAGCCGUCCAACGCAAAUCCUGCGCCAAACGACUCCAUCUAUAGCCAGAGUCAGCAAUUAGCAAUUGAGGAGCUAAAGGGAAUGGGAUUUGACGAGAAGAUGGCGGUGGAUGCGCUGCAGAAGAACAGUUGGCAGUUGGACCUAGCCACGAAUUUCCUUCUGGACUCUGCCUAA